AAUGAGAAAAUUCGAUCCGUGGCCGAUCUUUUUUCGCCGGGAAUGGAGCCGCAACUGGCCAUUCCUGGUGGGUUUUGCCGUCACCGGCGCUAUCAUCACCAAGAUGUCCCUCGGCUUCACUGAGGAGGAUGCAAAGAACUCUCGAUUUGCGCAGAGGCAUAAGAAUUGAAUCUCAUCUUCCUUAAUCUUGCUGCUGAAUGGAGGCUACCAGACGCUACCUUCCUGGACAACCCUUUUUUCUUUUGUACUACUUUUUAAUGACUAUCGAAGACAAAUUUUGUAUUGCAUAAAAUGUCUCCUGAAUCGUUGGUGGAGAAACUCAUGUUACUAGAAGCUGUCAUUUAACUGAAAGCUACAUUUGUUUUCUGUUACUACUGAUCUAAGAAUUUUAUCUUUCAAGUC